CCGGUGGGCAGACUGCGUCCUUGGAGCCUUCUCGCCUGGGGGCCGUGACGCCCAGGCUGCUGCCCAGCGCCUCCCCUCGCAGCCAGGAGUGCCACGCCCGUGGGUGCUCUGCAGAAUGUCGCUGCAUGCCUGGGAGUGGGAGGAUGAGGACAGGGCGAGCAUGGGGCCCAUGUCCUCCAUGGCCAGCUUUUACCAGUCUGGGAGUGAGUGUGAUAUGGAGGAGUACCUGAAGGUCAAAGCCCAAGCCCAGGAGUCAGACUCUGAGCACCCAUGCAGCAGCGAGUCCUCAUAUGGGCCUGCCAGCACCUUCAACUCCGAUGUGCCCCAGGUUGUCCCCUGCAAAUUCAUCAUCUCACUGGCCUUCCCGGUGAACACUGGUUAUAAAGGAAAAUAUACAAUUUUGAUGGAAAAAUACAGGAAACACCCUAAAAUGGACAAACCUGCUGCAAAGGUUCGGCGUUAUUACCACAUUGAGUAUUUCCUUCUGCCCGAUGAUGCGGAGCCUAAAAAAGUUGACAUGGUGGUGUUUCCAAUGGUGGCCAAAGUGUUCCUGGAUUCAGGAGUAAAGACAGUGAGGCCAUGGCACGAAGGGGACAAAGUCUGGGUGUCAUGGACCCAAACUUUUAACAUCAACGUGACGAAGGAAUUACUAAAGAAAAUUAAUUGUCACAAAAUAACCUUGAAGGUCUGGGACACUAAGGACAAGGUUUCGAGAAAAGUCAGGUAUUACCGGUUAAAGAAUACUGGGUAUUCAGAAGAUACAGGAUCUUUCGAGGAAGUGAAAAAUUUGGUUUUAAAUCAGAGAAGAUUAUCUGCACAGGCCCCACACAUCAAAGAGGAGUGGAACCAGGAGGAUGCACGAGAAAAAGCAGGAAAACACAUCAAGUCUUUGCAUGAGUCUGAAACUUUUCCCAAGAUCUCCGAGGAAUAUGAAAAGAUACCCAGAAUGGAAGAUCUUGCCACAGUUCGAUGGAGUAUUUCAAGAGAAACAGCUCUUUCUUUGGGAGCAGCAUCUGGGAUGGAGAUGAAGGAAUUAACUGAGAGAUCAUCAUUUAACAGCUUAACAAACAUGUUAGAAAAGCAAAAAUUUCAAAUUAAACAGAAAGACUCAGAGGGGAGAAAGAAGAGCCAGAAGAAAAGGAAGAAGUCUCGAGCAGAAGAAGAAACUGACCUCAAGGUGGAAGGAAACUGGAAGCAUGGUACCUUCUCCACUGAGCUGGUGGUGAUGCCGCUCCUUGCAGGAUGGCAAACUGUUGUGAGUCGUGGCAGGGGGAAGUCUGCCAGCAUUUUAGAUUGUUUUUUGACUUUAAAAACAGAAGUUCCUAUCAUGACUGAGGAGCAAAAACAGGACUUAAAUCCCCUGACCAUAAAGAUCAAGUGUGUUUCCUGCCUUCCAUCACAACCUGUUCCCCUCCAUGAACUAGAG